AUGUGGCUGUUGGAGAACGCCGAAGCCUUCAAAGCCGGCCAGCUCGCCAUCUCGCACAACACCAUUUCGAGAAAGCACCUCACGAUAACCGUCGACAAUGUCGAACCCGGCGCCGCCCAGCAGCUGACGAGUCGAUCAAAACUCACCAUCGAGGACCUCGCAACCAAGAUAGGUACCGUCGUCAACGGCCAGAAGAUUAGAGGCGAAAAGCAUGUCGUCGUCGGCGACGAGGCGGACAUUGUCAUGGGGAAGUGUCCCGACUCGUUCCACCUUCGCUGGUUCCCCGUAGCAUUCACCUUUUCCUUCACGAAUAAAGAGCUUCGAUACCAGCCGCUUGAUUCCCUAAAGAUGCGAUUCGAGCAUCUUGAUAUCAAGCUCUCCAUCGAGUACAGCGUGCAACACACGACCCAUGUCGUGUCCAAGAAAAGAAACACUGCCAAAGGGCUCCAGGCUCUGAUACACGGCCGACAUCUCGUCACGGAGACUUUCCUCGACGCCGUCAUACAAGCUGCCGAACCGCCCGACCCUGGAGACGCGAGCAGGCCGAGUCCCCUCGAGCAAGACUUUGACCAGUAUUGGCCAGAUGCAAUGGCACACUUGCCUCCCCGCGGUGGCGAACCCGUCUCGCAUCCAGAUUCAAUAUACAAGCCUGACGCAGGCCGGAAAGAUGUCUUUGACGGAUACACCUUCAUCAUGUACGACAAAACCCAGUACAGCAACCUCAUGGCCCCCAUCACCGACGGCUGCGGCAAGGCAAUUAUUCACACCAUCACCCCGGGCGAAGAGCAAGUCGACGAUUUCGUCCGCUAUGUUAAGACCGUCGCCGGAGAGAAGGGCCUCGGAAGCUUCAACGACGGCAGCGAGGGCAAGGGGGUUGUCCUGGUGCGCUAUCUGCCAGCCAAAGGAGAUCUCAUCGGCUGGUACACCGACUUCGUCACCGCCGUAUCGCUGCGACUUGACCACAGGCCCAUCGAACAAAAUGAGUUUCUAGAGGCCAUACUCAUAAAGGACGCCUGCAAGCUGCGACGCCCAUUGGAGCUGGAGUCCUCCAUGCCCAGUCAAGAAACGAGAUCGGCCGAGCAACCGCCGCCAGCUGCUGCGAGCUCUCCGCCCGCUCGGAAUGAACAAGAGCCGGUUCUGGAGCCUAUCGAGGAGGCGGAGCAAGAGUCUGCCCCCCGAAGAGGGAGGGGAAGAAAACCAAUCAAGCGACGGUUUGCCGGCUUUGCCGACGACGAUGACACCGACAUGGCCGACUCUCCUCCCAAGCCCGCGAAGACGGCGGACCUGGCAGAAAGCGAAGAUGAAGGAGGUCUAUUUGUCUCGCAAGACCAACAUCCGAUACCGGAAAUCGACAAUGGCAGCCAGUCGCGCCAGUCGCGCCAGUCGCGAAAGCGACCGGCACCGGGGCUGCAAGAGGACGACCUCAUGGAGGGCUUGGCCCCUGGAUUUGCGCGUUUCAAGCGACAGCGACUCGAGAAUUCUCAUGCUUUCGCGUCUCCUUCCCCCGAGCCCGAGCCCGAAGAGGCGCCCACGAAAGCACGACCGAAGAAGCAGAACAAGGAGCUCGACAUCCUUGCCCUCGCCGGCCGCCACCGCGAAGAGGAGGAGGCGCGGGCGCGGGCGGAAAAGGAAUACCUCGCCACCCUUCCCGAGGAUGUCGACCUCGCCGAGAUCCGUCGCCUUACCAUUGUUGAAGAGAUGCCCCUCCGCCGCCGUGCCAACGCCGGCCGCACCCUCGAGCAAGACAUUGCAGAUGGUCGCUGGGACCCGAAAUGGAACGGCGUCAAGAACUUUAAAAAGUUCCGUCGGAGGGGGGAAGAGCACGGUAGGCCAUCCCCGAGGGUGAUCGUGCCCCUGACGCAGGUGAAGAACAAGGAGUUUGGCGUUGGCGACAAUUACUGGCUCGAAGAGGAGACCGACCAGCGGAAAAUGGCGGCCUCGACAGCAGCAAGCCUCCCCAUCCCAGAGUCUGCGAGCAGCGCGUCAAUCGCCGCCUCGUCGCGACCGAAUCAACAGGGGAACACGGGUCGCAUUGCUGCCCCCGCCACGGACAACAGCGACGAUGGGGACCAAGGUAGCCUUGUGCCACUGAGUGAAUCUGGCCCUCGAGGCACCCGCAGCGCCAAGGUUACUGCCACGCAGUCACAACGGACCACCACGACCCAAGAGAGCCAGGGCCGUAGCGAGGGUCAGAGCGAGGGCCGGUCGAAGCGCUUGGCGCCGGAAUCUGCUGCCUCUGAAGCCAGCAAGAGACCGAGGCGAAAAGCCUUCGAAGUGGCCGACAGCGAAGAUAGCGACGAUGAGCUCAAAUUCCGGUUUGGGCGGAGAAGAUAG